UGAAGGACUCCUAAAAAAGUCUGUUUCUGUUACAAUUGUGGAACAGAGCUUGAUAGAGAUAGAGAUAGAGAUACAGAGAAGAUAUAUAUAAAGAGAGAGAAGAGUUUAUUUGUUCGUUUGUUUGCAAUUGCUUAGUUGAAGAACGAAAGAGGAAUGGCGAAGCACGAGGAGCUUCCGAUCCCGAUUUACAAUAACCUAGAGUUGGUUUAUGGGGGUGGUUCAGCGCUCGAAGAAGCUCAGCUUCGUUUCGAUACUUUGAAGUCCAAAUUCUCCGAAGUUUUCAGUAAUCAACCUCAAGUUUUCGCUCGUUCACCUGGGAGAGUGAACUUGAUUGGGGAGCACAUUGAUUAUGAGGGUUAUUCGGUGUUGCCUAUGGCUAUUCGGCAAGAUACGAUCGUGGCGAUUCGGAAAAACAACGCGGAAAAGGUUCUCAGGAUUGCUAACGUGAACGGUGACAAAUAUUCUGUUUGUACUUAUCCUGCUGAUCCUCUCCAGGAAAUCGACUUGAAGAAUCACAAAUGGGGCCAUUAUUUUAUUUGUGGGUACAAAGGUUUCUAUGAUUAUGCAAAACAGAAAGGAGUGGAUAUUGGUGAACCUGUUGGACUUGACGUUCUUGUUGAUGGAAUAGUGCCAACAGGUUCUGGGCUAUCAAGCUCUGCAGCGUUUGUCUGCUCAUCCACAAUUGCUAUUAUGGCUGCUUUUGAUGUGAACUUCCCAAAGAAAGAAAUUGCACAAGUUACAUGUGCUUGUGAACGACAUAUUGGGACACAAUCUGGUGGAAUGGACCAGGCAAUCUCUGUCAUGGCCAAGACUGGGUUUGCAGAGCUCAUUGAUUUCAACCCAAUUCGUGCAACAGAUGUGCAACUUCCUGCUGGUGGGACUUUUGUGAUAGCUCAUUCUCUGGCAGAGUCUGAGAAGGCUGUUACUGCUGCGACAAAUUAUAACAAUAGGGUUGUUGAAUGUCGUUUGGCUUCUAUUGUUCUAGCUAUAAAGCUAGGAAUGGAUCCAAAAGAGGCAAUAUCAAAAGUGAGCACACUGUCUGAUGUUGAAGGUUUAUGUGUCAAAUUUGCUGGUACUCGUAACUCAUCUGAUCCUGUACUUGCUGUAAAGGAAUAUUUGAAAGAAGAACCAUAUACCGCCAAAGAAAUUGAAGAAGUUACUGGGGAAAAGCUGACCUCCUUUUUGGGCAACAAUGCAGCUUAUUUAGAAGUCUUAAAAGUUGCAAAGCAUUACAAGUUGCAUCAGAGAGCUGCUCACGUGUAUUCAGAAGCCAAGAGGGUACAUGCUUUCAAGGAUGUCGUAUCCUCAAAUCUAAGCGACGAGGAGAAGCUAAAGAAGCUUGGUGACCUUAUGAACGACAGUCAUCAUAGCUGCAGCGUUUUAUAUGAGUGCAGCUGUCCAGAGUUGGAAGAACUUGUAAAUGUUUGUCGUAAGAAUGGUGCUCUCGGGGCUAGGCUUACUGGAGCUGGAUGGGGUGGUUGUGCAGUUGCUUUGGUGAAGGAGAACAUAGUUCCACAAUUUAUCCUUAAUUUAAAGGAAUGCUUCUACCAGUCUAGGAUAGACAAGGGCGUUAUUAAGAAGAACGACCUUGGCCUUUAUGUAUUUGCUUCCAAGCCAUCAAGUGGUGCUGCUAUAUUCAAGUUUUAGUAUAUUUUUUACCCACUUCCCUUAUAAUGGCUGAGCCGAAGAUAUAAACACGGACUAGAAGCAAUUUCAAAUGGAUAGAGUAAGAUAAAAUGGUACCUUAUUUUCGUCUUUAAUUUAUUUUAAUUGACAGAUAAAACAAUAAUGAUAUUGCCGAAUGGCUUUGCAGUUAUCUUCUGCAAUUGAUAAAUAAAUAUGUGAUCGUUUAAAUUC